AUGGCGAGAAAGAGCAGAACCAAAACGACACUGUUUUUGCUACUCAUCUCUCUUAUUGCUUUUCUCGCUAUUAUUCCCGUCUUCGCUCCUCUCCCUUCCCUCUCCUCCUCCUCCCACUACUCUCACUCUCCUCGCCUUCGCCACCACCGAAAGGUAGUGAUCAGCAAUGUCACGGCUAAGACUCGACUAUUCAAGAUUGAUGAUGACAAGUUUUGGAAAGACGGCGAGCCUUUCAGGAUCAUCGGCGGCGACUUGCAUUAUUUUCGCGUUCUUCCUCAGUACUGGGAAGAUAGGCUGGUAAGAGCAAAAGCAAUGGGAUUGAAUACUAUUCAAACUUAUGUUCCUUGGAAUCUACAUGAACCACAACCCGGAAAAUUAGUUUUUGAGGGAAUUGCUGAUUUAUUGUCUUUUCUCCAACUCUGCCACAAACUCGAUUUACUUGUCAUGCUCCGACCCGGCCCGUAUAUUUGCGGAGAGUGGGAUUUGGGGGGAUUCCCUGCUUGGUUACUUGCCAUAAAGCCGGCUCUCAAACUGAGAUCAUCUGAUCCUGCUUACCUUCAGCUGGUUGAUAACUGGUGGGGAAUCCUACUUCCUAAGGUAGCUCCGUUUCUUUAUAAUAAUGGAGGCCCUAUCAUAAUGGUUCAGAGUGUAAAUGUUGAAAACGAUGUGGAUCUUAUUGAUGAUCACCUUCAAACACCUGGAAUGUUACAAAUGUUUCUUUUGGAAGAGAUUGAAAAUGAGUUUGGUUCAUAUGGAGAUGACAAAGCUUAUCUUCAUCACCUGGUUAAAUUGGCCCGAAGACAUCUUGGUGAUGGUAUCAUUCUGUAUACCACAGAUGGAGGUUCUAGGGGAAAUCUUGAGAAUGGAACCAUCCGAGGUGAUGCUGUCUUUUCAGCUGUAGACUUCACUACUGGUGAUGAUCCUUGGCCUAUCUUCAAGUUACAAAAGGAGUUCAAUGCCCCUGGAAAAUCUCCACCGCUUUCUUCGGAGUUUUAUACAGGUUGGCUGACACAUUGGGGAGAAAAGAAUGCAAAGACUGAUGCUGGUUUUACUGCAUCAGCCCUGGAAAAGAUAUUGGCACGGAAUGGGUCUGCUGUGCUUUAUAUGGUGCAUGGUGGAACAAACUUUGGGUUCUACAAUGGAGCAAAUACUGGUGUAGAUGAGUCAGAUUACAAGCCAGACAUCACUUCAUAUGAUUAUGAUGCACCAAUCACAGAAUCUGGAGAUGUGGACAAUGAGAAAUUCAAUGAUUGUGGUUUAUGCUGUCACUUGAGUUUAACGGAAUCAAUCAUACAUAAUGCAUAUCUCAAGACCCUUAUAGCAAACACAUCUGUUGAUAACUCCAGUAGAAAGUUUCAGUCACCUGAGAAGUUUCUCAGAGCUGCCCAGGUUAUUGGGCUUUAUACUGCAGCAUCUCUUCCGUCAGUUCCUUCUGAUAAUGGAAAGACAGGAUAUGGACGUAUUCAGUUACAGAAGACAGAUUCUUUGUUUGGUUUACUUGACAUGAUUAAUCCGGCUGAUGUAAUUGAAUCUGAAAAUCCACUCUCAAUGGAGUCUGUGGGGCAGAUGUUUGGAUUUCUGUUAUAUGUUUCUGAAUACACUCCAAAGAAUGACGAAAGCAUUCUUUUCAUACCAGAGGUGCAUGAUGGAGCUCAAGUGUUUACUUUAUGCCAUUCUGGAGUUAGUAGCACAAGGCCAACACAUGUUGGUUCAAUUGACAGGUUGUCAAGUAAAAAACUUGGCCUUCCUAAUGCCAAAUGUGCUUCGAACAUCAGCUUAUUUGUUUUGGUUGAAAAUAUGGGUCGUGUGAAUUAUGGACCAUACAUAUUUGACAACAAGGGAAUUUUGUCUUCUGUUUAUCUGGAUGGGAGGAUUUUGCAUCGAUGGAAAAUGAUAUCCAUUCCUUUCCAGAACCUGAAUGAGGUUCCAAAAAUCAAUCCCAUCCUUCAAGUUGCACAUUCGAGAUCCAUUACAGUAUCAACCCAGACGAAACUGAAAGAUCAAUCUGGGAAUGUUUCUGAAGUACCAGCAUUCUUCACAGGCCAUUUUUUUAUAGAGGAUGCUAACCAAAUUCAUGAUACUUUCAUAUCAUUCAGUGGUUGGGGUAAAGGGAUUGCAGUUGUUAAUGAUUUUAACAUAGGAAGAUAUUGGCCGUCAUUUGGUCCGCAAUGCAAUCUCUAUGUCCCUGCUCCGAUCCUUCGCCAUGGAAAAAAUGUUCUGGUCAUACUUGAGUUAGAAUCUCCCAACCCUGAACUUGUCAUACAUUCAGUUGAUCACCCAGACUUCACAUGUGGUUCGAGUAAAUCAAGCUUGCAUCAGCUGUAG